AACCAUAUGAAUGUGCACAGUGGUUGUUUACUGUUACUGUAUGACUCAAAGGCUGAAAAUUUCCAAACGCCUGCAGUUUAAUUCAACCUGAGUGGGGGUGGGGGUCCCCCCCCCACCCCCUUUGAAGUGUGUUAUCAUUCACCUCUUUUUCCACUCCUCACUCUCCAUGAUGAAUAAAAUACAUUGAUCUCAUUACGCCCUGCAGUCAGUGCCAGUGGUCCUCUACUCCACCCUAAACUCCUCCCUCUUUCUGUUUCCAUCUCUCUCUCGCUCUCUCUCUCUCUCUUUCUUGCCAUUUUCCUCUCUCUGCCCCAUUCGCUCAUGCCUGGAUCAGUAGACUAGAUUAUUCUGCACAGAGACAGAGAGAGAGAGUGCUCACACACACACACACACACACACACACACACAUGGCUCCGCUCUACACUUCCUGCUCCUCAAGUGCGAUCAGUGCGUCUGACUCGGUCUAAACACACACACACACAAACACACACAUACACAGACUGCCGAGCACUCACACACUCCUCAACUCCUGAACACAGCGCAGAGUAGCACAGAAACAGGACGAGGGAAAGGAGGAGGAGGGGGACGGAGGAUGUUGCCAGCGGUAGCGUCCUGGCCACAGCUGCACUGAAAAGGGGACACGGGUUCUCCCCUCAUUCUCGUUCUCGUGCCCCAAUUGCCUCGCUCGCUCCGGAUUAACCUGACCAUGGAGUCACCAACCAAAGAGAUCGAGGAGUUUGAGAGCACUUCGCUGAAGUACCUCCAACCAGACCAGAUCGAGAAGAUCUGGCUCCGGCUCCGGGGACUGAGGAAGUAUAAGAAGACGUCACAGAGAUUGCGGUGUUUGGUGAAACAGCUGGAGCGAGGUGAAGCGUCCCUGAUUGACCUGAAGAAGAACCUCGAAUAUGCGGCCUCGGUGCUCGAAUCCGUCUACAUCGAAGAGACGAGGCGGUUGGUGGACACGGAAGAUGAGCUCAGCGAUAUCCAGUCGGACUCGGUGCCAUCAGAGGUGCGUGAUUGGCUGGCCUCCACCUUCACACGUCAGAUGGGGCUGAUGCUGAGACGGACGGAGGAGAAGCCGCGGUUCCGCAGCAUCGUACACGCCGUGCAGGCUGGGAUAUUCGUGGAGAGAAUGUACCGGCGGACCUCCAACAUGGUUGGCUUAAGCUACCCUGCAUCAGUCAUAACUGUGCUCAAGCAUGUAGACAAGUGGACUUUUGAUGUGUUUGCGUUGAAUGAAUCAAGUGGGGACCACGCACUGAAAUUUAUCUUCUAUGAACUUCUCACCAGAUAUGACCUCAUCAGCCGAUUCAAGAUUCCCAUCUCGGCUCUGGUGUCCUUCGUGGAGGCUUUGGAAGUGGGAUACAGCAAGCAUAAAAACCCGUAUCACAAUCUCAUCCACGCUGCGGACGUCACACAGACCGUACACUACUUAAUGCUCAAGACUGGCAUGGUGCAUUGGAUGACGGAGUUGGAGAUCUUCGCCCUGAUCUUCGCUGCAGCAGUACACGACUACGAGCACACUGGAACCACAAACAACUUCCACAUCCAGACCAGGUCAGACACAGCGAUCCUGUACAACGACCGCUCGGUGCUGGAGAGCCACCACGUCAGCGCAGCGUAUCGCCUCCUACAGGACGACGACGAGAUGAACAUCCUCUACAACCUGUCCAAAGAUGACUGGAGGGAGUUCAGGGCUCUGGUAGUGGAGAUGGUGUUGGCUACAGACAUGUCGUGUCAUUUCCAACAAGUCAAAGCCAUGAAGAACUUCCUACAGCAACCAGAGGGAAUUGACAAACCGAAAGCACUUUCUCUGGUCUUACACACUGCUGAUAUCAGCCAUCCAGCCAAAAACUGGGACCUCCAUCACCGCUGGACCAGCUCACUGCUGGAGGAGUUCUUCAGACAGGGUGAUAAAGAGACAGAGCUGGGGUUGCCCUUCUCACCACUGUGUGACCGCAAGUCCACCAUGGUGGCUCAGUCUCAAAUCGGGUUCAUCGACUUCAUCGUCGUCCCCACGUUCACCGUCCUCACAGACAUGACGGAGAAGAUCGUGACACCGCUCAUCGACGAGGCAACACACUCCAGCCUUGCCGGCUUCCGCCGGUCGAGUCUCAGCAGCAUUUCCACGGCAGAAACAAAGCAGGCGAACGUGAACAGCCCGGCCUCAGAGAGCAGUGCUUCCCACAACUGCUCGCUGCUGGCUGUGGACUUGAAGAACUUUAAGGCCAAUUGGAAUGAGCAAGUCUUUCAGAACCGUGAGAGAUGGAAGGCUCGUGCUGCCAAAGAAACAGAGGAGAAAGCCAAACGCGAGGCUGAGGAGAUGGCUCAGCUGGAGGCAGGCCAGGAAGAGGCGGGGCCGGACCAGUCAGUACCAAAGAGUGAGGGAUCAGGACAGGAGCCAGAGCCUGGAGGGACGACGAGCGGUCCAAGCGAGACUGAAAAUGCAGAAAACACACCAAGAAUGCAGGGCAGCAAGCAACUACACAACGGCGAGGUGUCAGAGGAUGUGGCAUUACCAGGAAGUGAUGAUGGUGAGGACAAAGCUCUCAGAGAGACGGAAAAGGACUAGCGUGGGCGCUGGACAGAGUGCCUCUGCCUCUACUCAUGUCCUCCUGACAAUGUGUGUGUGCAUUGUGUGUUCUGAAGCUCCACAGCACCCUCCGCUGGAUAAACUUGUGCUUACACGUUUUUUUGGUUUUUUUUUGCUUCUUCUUCUGCUUUGUUCAUCCGGAAAGGCUUUUGAAUGCUCGCUGUGACUCCAUGGAAGUUCUUCGAGGCAGAUCUGUGGCUCGAUCGUGGAGAGUGUCGGUGUGUGAGGUGGCUGGGGGUCAGCCGCUGGGUAACUUCCUGUCUUAGACUGUCAUCUGUCAGUCUCGAUGCCUGGACUGGCUGGGAAAUACAUACAUACAAAAAAAAAAGCUGCCGUCACAUUCAUUCUGUUAUUUUCUAUGGAAAGAAAACAUAGAGUGCCUUCCUCUAUUAACUGUCCAUCCACCACUUCUCUAUUUCUUACUUUCCUUCUUCCUUCUUUCCUUUUCAUACGUGUCAGCGUAUUCGCUUGCCUUUUCGGUUAGAAGCGGAAGCUGACUCAGGUCGUUUCUGCUCUCUUAAUGCCUUUGCUUGAUCUCUUUCAUCAUAUAAACUUUAUUUAUUCGCCGCUUCCUGACUGCUCAGCAACCUCAUCCACAAAACAGCCUUCAUCCCCCCCCCACCAAACCCCACCCCCCACCUCCCCCCCUAAAUUUGCCAGAUGCUUUAUUGCACCACAUUACACAAGGAACUCAAGUAGAGAGACUUAAUGCAUUUUAAAUAAAGUUAUUUAUAUACAUUCAUCAGACGAACGUACCAAACCAUUUUGCCUAAUUAAUAUUUGUUGCCUUAAUAAUAAAUAGUAUUUAUAUGUUACUUAUAUUUUUUCAGACUGCAUGCCAGCUACGAAUAGUACGUCAAAGAGACUGGACUUGUCCUAAUCUUGAAGGCAGGACGUUUUCAAAUGGAACGAAUGAUAUCGUUCGUCGGGAUAAAACACGACGAGUAAUAUAGUCAAUGUUAUGCGAGGAACAUUUUUAUUCCUCUUAUAACAAAGCUCUUAUAACGGUUAUAAUCUGCCAACACUAACCAUUUAUAGAACAUUUAGAGGCAAGUUAAUCGUUUACAUUAUAGAAGCUCUAUAAACAGUCAUUCUGUCACCAGACUCCCCCCCCCCCCCCCCCCUCUUGUAGUUAAUAAGAACAAAAAAAAUGUAGCAUGUAAUGUUACCAAGAAACAGUCAAAAUGCAACGUUCUCUGUCCUUAGACUCUCUCAUGGUGGAAAACCUAUUGACUGUUACAAAGCACUGAAACUGGAGACUCCUUCCCAAAAUGAUAAAUAGUCAUCACUUUAUCGAAGGCUUCUUCAUAUCAACCUGAUCUAAUGUUCCUUCUGACCAACCAGAUUCAAGAAUUCAACAGUGUUGUGGUAGAAAGUGAAAAUAUCAUGUCAUGAUUCCUUUUUUUCCAGAAUACAGAAAAAAAACUUUGCAAAGAAAGGUCCACCAAAAUACUUUCCAAAAAAAAAGGUACUAUGAUGCUAGAUAUUGCUAGUAUUUCCCAGCCCUAUUUUUACGUUUACAAAGUCAGUCACUUUGACUUAUUAAGAUUAGAAUCAUUCGAUGUCCUGAACGUUUGCAAACCUUGAUAAACAUCUCACACAUGCUUAUAAUACAAGCUGCUACAUUUCCCAAGGCAGGGCACAUGUGUGAUCUUAUAUAAGGGUUUAACCUCCUUGAUCCUUUUCUGAUGGAAAAAAUAAGACACUUCAGAUUUAAUCAUGCGCGAUGAUAAUAAACAUUCUCAACAAACACUCAAAUAUAAUCCUGUUUAAUGGCUCUAGACUUUUGAGCGUGACAGUAUCCGGUUUUUUUGUAAAAAGAAGAAGAAAAAAAUGUGUCCGCUUAUAAUUCAUAACCCAGCUUAUGCCACAAGUGGAUUGGCUACACCAUCACUGGUUGUAAAUAGGGUUUGUGAUUUGAAAAAUACAACACUGUGUAUGUGUAUUUUACUGUAAAUGGACACCACUGAGAUCAAGCCUGAGCUUUUACGAAACACGCUCAGAAAAAGUGGCAGUAUUUUCGAAUGAACCCCAUACACGUUGAUUCCACUUCUGGCUUUGGAACUGAGCAGGCAGUCACAUGGCAUGACAGUCAAUAGCAAAGUAUUACAGUCGGUCACAAUGCAGGACAGUCAGUCGCACCACAUGGCAGUACGUCAGUCACACCAUAGGACAUUCGGUCACACCACAGGACAGUCAGUUGCAGUGCAUGGCAGUCAUUCACACCAUAGGACACUUGGUCAGACAGUAAUUCACACCACAGGACAGUCAGUCACACAGCAGGACUGUCGAUCACACAGUAGGACAGACAGUCGCACCACAUGACAGUCAGUCACACAGCAGGACAUACAGUCGCACCACAUGACAGUGAGUCACACAGCAGGACAGACAGUCCCACAGCAGGACAGACAGCACACAGCAGGACAGACAGUCGCACCACAGGACAGUCAGUCACACAGCAGGACAGACAGUCAUACAGCAGGACAGACAGUCGCACCACAGGACAGUCAGUCCCACAGCAGAACAGUCAGCAACACCACAUGACAGUCAGUCCACUCCAUGACAGUUGCACCGCAUGAGUCAGUCGCACCACAAGGCAGUCAGUCAUACAGCAGGACAUUGAGUGUACCUGACAUUGAAGUCGCUUGAUGAUGAACCUUACAAUAAAUUACCAAUCCUCAGAGAAUCCUCAUGAAAUUACUAGGGGGAGCUAUAGUGAGUCACACAGCAGAACAGACAGUUACACACCAUGACACUCAGUCUCACAGCAGGACAGUCAGUGGCACCACAGGACAGUUGCACCACAUGAGUCAGUCACACAUUCGGAAAGUCAUUCACACCACAGGAAAGUGCAAGUGUCUGCUUGUCCAGUUACACAGAUAAAUUGUUAGCAGUAAUGACUACGUUAUAUUAUAGCUGUAAAUAAGUGUAGAUUUUAACCAUACCACUGUGCAUUGUCUGCAAUAUCUACAAUGUGACGCAGUGAACUUCAACUUCUGAUACUCUAUUAUGUGAAAUACCUCUAAUACAGUCCUGUCCUUUUUUUUUCCUUUUCUUCUUCUUCUUUCAUUAUGCUGUUAGUGUUCUCCACUAGACUCAACAACCUCUCCUGUCCUCUCUGCUGUAUAUUCAUUUCAAACAAUCUUAUGCAUUUAAAAACAACUACAAGUCAUAAUGUUGUAAUAACCCGGGGGCUUGAUUUGUGAUACCUUUUGUGGUCAUUUGUGGUUUCCUAGAUUCAUUGUAUGUCAUUUUUUUUUCUUAUUUCUCUACUUAUAUUCACAAGCCCCAAAUUAGCACCUGUAAAUAAAUGUAUAGUUUAGUUUAGUUGGAUUUUUAUUAUUAUUAUUAUUAUUAUUAUUAUUAUUAUUAUUAUUAUGAUUUGUAUACUGUACACACACAUGACUAAAUGUAUGUAUAUUAUGUUUGAUUUUCUUCUUCUUCUGAGGUAAAUGAACAAAAUGUUAGCGCUUAAUGUGGACGGUGAAGGCGAAUGGUUUUUGGUUUGAAACAUUUUAUGGGGAAAUGAUUCGGUUUCGUGUUUCUACUGAAAUUUGCGAUGUGACAUGCAUUUAGCACAAAAAUGGUCUAAUAGGAACAGUGUACCGCAACGCGACUAACAAAGAACAAAUUCCACCGGGAUGGCGUGAGCAGGGAGUAAACGCUCGAUGUUAGCUUGUUUAAGUGAACAGAGUGUUGAGGUCGCUUUUUACUCGAACGUCUGCUUUGCCUGUUGCAAUGCUUUUAGAAAACCAGGUCGAUUCAGUUGCCACUGUUAAUUUGUACUACUUAUUUAAUAAUCAAUACGCUUCCCCACACAAACACACAUACAAACACACACACACACACACACACACACACACAUUUACUACAUGUGGCCUUGUGUCUGGAGCCCUACACAGUGCCCUAUAAAGGCAAACUACAGUAACUAUGCUAACACUGAAACUGAAGAAAAACUUAUCAUACUUAUGAAAAUUUACUCUAGUUUAUUAGGACCAUUAAAACUCAGAACCAUGGCACUAGCAUCAUUUCAUUUGGUACUUCAUGGAUUCAUAAAUGAUAAAUAAGAAGCAAAACCCUCUGGGAUGUACGGCAGGAUGGUGUGAUUACUUUCCCAUAACAGCGCAUCCUGAACUGUUUCAUACCACAGACGUUUGCCAAUAAUUACAGUUUUUAUUUCAUUAAAAAUUGCACCAUCAUAUCAUGCGCGUAACCACGCAUUCGAUGCGGGGGUCGUAUCCCCCCAGUGUUGAGGACAUACCAAUAUACAGUACAAAAUAUUUUCUAUAUGGCCCCAUUUAAUGAACCCUGCCAACGGAUCUGUCUUUUCUUCAUCUAUUCUAUGUGUUUAUGUCUAUUCCUUUUUAAUAUAUUUCUGUUUGUUAAUGAAAAUAGGUGUGUGCCCGCCCCCCUCCAAUUGUACACUUGGGUGCGCCCAUACUCAACGCAAGUUCGUUGAUAUAUUUUAGCAGCUCAGUCUGUAAGAAAUGGAGACAGCAGCCAAGCGUAGAAAAGUGCAGCAGAACAUACGAGCUUUUUUUCAGACAGUAAGUAACUAGAUACCUAUAUAGUAGGUAACCUUAGCUUAGUAUAGAAGGCAUCAUACCAUGGCUUGGUUUGUUCUUAAGAACGUCAAUUAACUUUUGAUAUUUGCACACCCAUGAAGUAGGCUAGGCUAACGUCAGUUGCCAUUAACUUUACAUUCACUUGCACAUCCUCCACCGAGUUCGUCGGACCCCCCCCCAAUGUCCAUACCAUGGUUACAUCCUUGCAUCAUAUUAUUAUCCAUUUAUAGCUACAUUUAAUGUUGUGGACGUCCAUUAAACAAAUCAGUUCCUCUUAUCGCUUGCGUUAUAGCAGUUAAGACGACGAAAACGAAAAAAAAGCUUGUCACAUGACAAGACUUACUGGACUGUCACUGACUGAAGCGCUGACACUGGAGACUCCUUCCAUAAACGUUAACCAUUGUUACAUGGUCUUUAGCCCCCAGAAACUCCAUAGCUAACGUGUUUUUAUUUUCCAGCAAAAAGUAUCAUUUCUAUAAGAAGCUUUUUUGUUUUUCUUCCCAAAACAGAGCUUGUAAACAGAUCAGAAAAAUAGUGUCCAGUGAAUUUACUCUCAAAAUUGUAGUUACUGUGUUUAGCUUUUCUUUUUGUUUUUUUUUUGUUUUUUCAGGGCAGCCCAGAUGAUUUUCCAGCUCUAGCACACAUAGCAAACUUGUCAUGAACUAUUUAAAUGAGGUAGAAAUGUGUUAGAGCUAGAAAUAUCACCAAAAAUAUCCUGGACUCCACUUACGUAUAGGUCGGCACUUGGUUUAGCCCUUACAUAUGACAUUCGAGCCGUAAAGUCACAAAAAUAGAGAUAAAGCUUAAUGAUAAUUAUUGUUUUAAAUGUUCUGUAGUAAGAUGAUGAGGAUGAGGAAGUUUGGGAUUCAAAUGUACUUUCAAACAUGGAACAGUAUCUAAUGAUGAGUAAAACGUACGGGGCUUAAAUCCGCUGUCAGCUGUAAUCCGAAGUUGUUCACCAGGGGGCGUUGUGUUUACAGGAUGGAAGGCUGGUUUGGGUGGAGGAAAUGAAACCCUUUCACACAAACACACCACCUGUGUAUCCAUUUAAUACUUACAUACACUCACGUACUGCAUGUACUACUGUUCAUGUACAAUAUACAUUUUAUGCAAACGUUCAUUGAACACUUGCUUAUGAGUGUGUGUGUGUGUGUGUGUGUGUGUGUGUUUUGUGUCUAGCUGAAUGAGAUAUUGUUUUUCAGCUUGCUACAUGAACACACACACAUAGAGGUGUCUAUUGCAUGUGUAUAUAGGAUGUGUGAGUACAACAUUAUACCCUUGUGCAAGUAGUAUGUUUAUGUGUGCAAUUGUAUCAUAUGGAAGUGUGUGUGUGUGUGUGUGUGUGUGUGUGUGUGUGUGUGUGUGUGUGUGUGUGUGUGCGCGUGUGUGAAACCUGGAAACCUGGCUUUACAAAGCACUUAAAACAUUCCCCGAAAUUAUUAUAGCACUUUUGCGUUUAUCAUAAUGUCUCGCGUGCAUGUCUGAUUUAAUUCUGGAAAAUUCUACAAAUUUUCGAUGUCAUGUGUGUGUGUGUGUGUGUGUGUGUUUGUGGUUUGUUCCCUACAAUAUAAAUUCUGCUUAAAUACCUGUUUGUAAAAUGGCACAGGUGAAUGUUAGAGCAUACAUUUUAAUGAAGCUUCAUUGUGUGUGUGUGUGUGUGUGUGUGUGUGUGUGUGUGCGUGUGUGUGAGUGUGUGAGUGAGUGAGAGAGAGAGAGAGAGAGAGAGAGAUAGAAAGUGUGAGUUGAAUUUGUGCAAUCUUUAAUGUUGACACUGUGAUGUGUAGAUGAGCGAAACAGAGAGACUGCACAGCCGUCAUCCACAAUAAACAUGAACUCAAAGGGC